GGAGGAGCUUCCAGAAUGACAGAUGCAGGCCUAGCCCCAAAGCCUAACAUCAGCACUUGGUGACAGUUAGAAACAGAGACUGAGUGGCGGCAGUUUACAGUUUAUCCAAAUCCCCAGUUGCCCUUAAGAUAGCCAUCUGACGAGUGGAAGUAUAAAGUGGGCAUGUUUUUACCUGGGAUAAUUUGUUACACAAAUGGAAGUUACUGUUGUGUUUGGUAGAAUGGAUUGUACCUACCUGUGGAGAUCUCAGGCUACUGUUUUAACCUUAUUUCUGUUGCUGUUGGUCAUGCCCACGGCUGCCAAGCGGUACCGUUACUGUGGAGAAGGAUGCUGUCCACAUGAGUUUUGUGCCUUUCACAAGAUCUGUUACCCCUACAUGUCCUGCUCGUUUGGGUGCCCAGAUGGUGUGUGCACAAAAGGCGUGUGUAUGCCCACUGCCCCGUGCCAACAAAACACUCUCUGUCCCAUGGCACACCUGUGCACCUACAACUUUAACCUGGGCUACAACACCUGUCAGUAUAACCUGGACAUUGGAAUGACUACGUGUGUGGACAGAGAUGGACAUUCCCUGUUAAAGAAGGGGACAUGAUGCUGGUCCAGAUGGUCGGUCAGCAGAGUGUGUCUGACCAUUGCUGUGAAUGGUGUACUAUAGCAAUAGUCCGGAGGUUUGACUGGACAGCAGUGUGAAUUACUAACACCCUGACUCACCUCUUCACAUUUGUGUUCGUAGUCAUUGUUUUUGUUUAUCGAGCUCUGUGCUACAUUCCAUCUCACCUCAUUAAUCAGUCCUAAAACUGGAACUUGUACACUGGAAAUGCCUCAAAGCACCUUUUAUUCCUCAGAGGGAUUCUGACUACAUUUGAACAGCAUGAAUUUCCAUAUUCCAGUGCUGUGUUUAGAACCACUCUGGGACUAUCAGCACUGGCCACUCUGUUCAUCAGUACACUAAUCCUACAGAAUUGGGCUGGUUAUAAUGGGUUAUAAUGCCUUGUAUGGAGGGAUCCGUUGAUCUUGUGUACUCGUGGGAGAACAUUAAGGAUGGUACAUGUAGUACUCAUUUUCACAUGUACAGGACACCUGAGGAUGUACAUUGACAAUGUAGUACAUUUUCAGCAUUCUUAUCAUAUCCAUGUAUUCCUUCAGAAGCACUGAAGAGAAACAAACUAAUGUCAAACACAUUUUACUUAUGUAAUUUGAAAAGAGAUAUUUUGAAACAGUACUUUAAAAUGUAAGCACUGGACAGUCUAAGCGUUUUGCUAUUGAAUGAAAUCAUAUCUGUGUACUUGUAUUCCUUGAGGAGACCUAAAAAAAAAAUACAUAUGUUAAACGAGAUAUUUUUAAAUUCUACUUUGCUUAUACAUGUGUGUGUUUAAGACUAAACCGAGUUAACAAAUAAAGUGUUUUGACUCCUAAACUGUAGCAUACAAUUUAUCCAUUUCAUUCUCGUUACGCUCAUGUUGGCUUUCCCUCCAGGCAUGUGUGAAAAGGUCUUCCAGCA